AUGUCUGUGUUGAUUAAUGGGUCACCAUCCAACCCAUUCAGAAUGGAGAGAGGUCUUAGACAAAGAGACCCUCUCUCACCCUUUCUUUUUGUUCUUGUCGUUGACGUCUUGCAUAGGAUGGUGGGUGAGGCAGUGAGGAAUGGACACAUCUCUCCACUGCUGGUUGGAAGGGACAACAUAGAGUUGUCGCAUCUCCAGUUCGUAGAUGAUACAAUUUUAUUUUGCCCUCAAGAAAUGGAGAUAGUCAUGAAUUAUAAGAGGCUUCUGCAUUGUUUUGAGUUGAUGUAUGGUUUGAGUAUUAACUUUGAUAAGUCAAAUUUGAUUUCGGUUAACUAUGAGCAGGAUUGGGUGACGGAUAUGUGUGGUUUGUUGGGAUGUGCGGAAGUUGCUUUACCUGCAAGGUACUUAGGUAUUCCUCUAGAGGCGAACCCUCGGUUGGUGAAGACCUGGAAACCAAUCAUAGAUAAUAUGGAAGAUAAGCUUAGCUUAUGGAAAGCGAAGUCCCUCAACAAGGAUGGAAAGCUUGUUCUCAUAAAAUCUGUUCUUAAUAGCUUACCGGUUUACUACCUUAACUUGUAUAAGAUGUCAAAGUCGGUAGCAGAAAAACUUAUUGGGCUAUAG